AUGAUUGUCUCGAGGGUUUUGUUUCUUUUCUGUUUGGCAGUGUUGGCGACGGCCUUUUCGCCGUCAGAUGUACCAUCAUGCGCAAUACCUUGUAUCCUCGAGACGAUAGACUCGACAGGCGAAUCGAAUGCGAAUAUCAGGUCUAUGUGCGAUAACCCGGCUUUCCAGACCAGUGUGUUGAACUGCGUCACCGGAGUAUGCACUGCGCAAGAUCUACAAGGCUUUAUUGUUAUGGGAAAGGAGCUAUGUCAGAUGCCGAUGCAGGAUAAUCGACAAGAGUACCGAGCCAUCGUCAUUGUCUUCGCCACGCUGGCGUCUAUCUUUGUUGUGCUGAGAGUAGCAUGCAAAAUGAUCACCAAAAACACAUGGGGCGCUGACGAUACCUGGGCAGUCGUCACUUUUUUCAUUCUCAUACCAUUUACGGUGUUCGCACUACUCGGUAAGACUAAGACCUUUUCAUGCUCAAUAAGUCACGGCGUUGGACUCGCUCCGCCGAUGUUCACCAAGAAUGACCUGGCUCGUACCCCAAAGGAGAUCUUCAUCCUUCACCUUAUCUAUACCUGCGGUCUCGCAGCUGCCAAGACGUCGAUUCUCUUCUUCUAUCUGCGCGUAUUCCAAGACACUACAUUCAGAACCCUCGUUUGGAUAACACACGCCUUCAACGCCUUGUCUACUGUCACCUUGGCCACUCUUGGCCUGACGCUUGGGCGGUCCGCGACUUAUCUUCUGGGCAAUACUUCAGAUUCCGUGUCCAAUCUGGACAAAUGGUCGAUUACUAUCAAGAUUAUCGUGGCGCACUGUGUGGUCAACCUAGCGCUUGACAUCUGGAUGCUUAUUCUGCCAAUGACCCAGCUUUACAACAUAGGACUGAAGCUCAAAAAGAAGAUACACGUGAUGGCUAUGUUUGGCCUGGGUUUGUUCCUUACAGUAGUCAGCCUGGUCCGCACGAUACUUCAGACACAGGUCCUCUCUGACUUACAAGACGCGCUAACGAGCCAACAGAAAGUGGUUCUUUGGGCGUGUGUCGAGACAUACAUGGGCGCCAUAGUAGCUUGCGUACCUUCAACACGGCAAGUUGUUCGGGAAGUGAUUUAUAAGAUGAGGAAGCAGAAAGAAGCGCAGUCAACAAAUAAACCUAUUUUCAUCGACAGGUCGCUGGCGCCGAUACCGGAUGAAGAGGACAUGCCGACGUUGAGUGACGUUGGCGGGUUGACGACUGAUACAGUGAGUAGUAGUGGAAGGACGGCAGGGUCGGGGAUGGAGCAUGAGAUGGAGACUGUUAUGAAGGUAGAUGGAUGA